AGUGGCCCCACACUGGGGGACGCGAUAUAAAACGACACUGAAGGGAAGCACAAGUCCUCAAUAAAAAGCCCUCCUGCACGAUGAAGAAGGAACUUUCUUUCAACACGAUAACUGCUGUAACCACCAUGGGCUCAGUGAAAUCAGCUGGACUGUCUCUUCUUCUGUUGUCUUUUCUUAUUGACAUUGCAGAUUCUUACCCCAACCUUGACUUAUCAAACGUGGGCUGUGGGGAGUGCACACUGAGGAGGAACACUUUUUUCUCGAAGGAACAUCCCAUCUACCAGUGCAUGGGCUGCUGCUUCUCCAGAGCGUACCCAACACCCCUCAAGGCCAUGAAGACAAUGACGGUCCCAAAGAACAUCACCUCGGAGGCAACAUGCUGUGUCGCAAAGCACAGCUACGAGGUACAAGUACAGACAAAGGUGUCCAACAUACCGGUGAGAAACCACACAGAGUGCCACUGCAGCACCUGCUAUUUUCACAAGAUAUGAAGACGGGAACUGGAGACUCUUCUGCAGCGCUCAGCUUGGCGAUGAAUUGUGUUUCUUUUAAUUUGCACAAGUUCAUUUGUGU